GGAGAGCAGAGCUUCUCACGCGCUGCGUGUUUAUACAGCGGCUCGCUCAGACAUGCCACGCGUCUUCUGAGUGGGACAUCAAGAGGAAAGUCUGAACCGUCCAUCGGAAUACUGACAAGGGGUUAACAACCGCACUGUUUAAGGCAAUAUUUAUAGCCUUUCAUAGUGGAGAGAUCUGACGCACAGAAAGGCACAAUGGAGGAAUCUGAGCCCAGUGUGUGUCAGCUGCAGCCCAACAUCAUCUCAGUGCGUCUCUUUAAAAGAAAGAUCGGUGGGCUCGGCUUUCUGGUCAAACAACGUGUGUGCAAGCCACCCGUCAUUGUCUCUGACCUCAUCCGGGGUGGGGCAGCAGAGGAAUGUGGGCUGGUCCAAGUCGGCGACAUUGUUCUGGCCGUGAACAACAAGCCUUUGGUGGACCUGAGCUACGAAUGUGCACUCGAGACCCUAAAGAACGUGUCGCCUGAGAGCCAUGCCGUCCUCAUCCUCCGCGGACCCGAGGGCUUUACCACUUACCUGGAGACCACGCUGAGCAGUGAUGGGAAACCCAAAACAGUUCGUAUCACCAGACCUGUUAACCCCGCACAGAGCAGGCCAUGCGAUCGAUGUUCGCCUCUCAGCCCCAACAUGACCAAAGAGCUCCGGGCCAUAGAGAACCUGUCCUCUUCCUCUACUCCCAGGAAAGAAUCACGGGAGAGCAAACCCCUGAUUCCCCUGCUCACACAGGACUCUCUGCUCAGAGAAGGAGGACAUUCAGCCCUCCUCCUCAAUGGGGUGGAGGAGAACAACGACCUGCUGAAGGAGAUUGAGCCAGUGCUGAAGCUCAUCAAGAAUGGAAAAAAAGAGAUCAACGGAGAAGGUCAGAGAGUCAUAGAGAGGAAGGAUGUUGAAGUGCAGGUAGAGAGAGACCUUGGUGUGGGAAAUGGACAGAACGCCCAGCUGGCGUCGGAUAACGACAGAGUGUUUGAUGACCUCUGGAGAAAGGACAACAUGCCUACAGUGCUUAACAACCCUUACUCAGAGAGUGACAAGCCGCAGUCCUAUGGGAGAGUUUCCCCCACUAAGACUGUGCAGAAUGGAAGUCCCACCAAAUGUCCCAGAUUCAUGAAAGUGAAGAACUGGGAAACGGGAGCUUUAUACAAUGAUACUCUACAUCUCAGCUCCAGCAAGGUGCCGAUCUGCACUGAGAGUGUUUGUAUAGGCUCUGUUAUGGUGCCAAACCAGCAGAGUCGCAAACCAGAUGAAGUCCGAAGAAAAGAGGAACUGCUUCCGCUUGCAACAGAUUUCAUUGACCAGUACUACACAUCAAUCAAAAGAUGCGGCUCAAAGACCCAUGUUGACCGGCUAGAAGAGGUUAAAAAAGAAAUAGAAACUUCUGGAACAUAUCAACUGAAGGACACAGAGCUGAUCUACGGGGCCAAACAUGCAUGGAGAAAUGCAGCUCGCUGUGUGGGACGGAUUCAGUGGUCCAAACUACAGGUGUUCGAUGCUCGAGACUGCACAACCGCUCAUGGAAUGUUUAAUUACAUCUGUAACCACAUCAAAUAUGCCACCAACAAAGGAAACCUCAGAUCGGCUAUUACCAUCUUCCCCCAGAGGACAGACGGGAAGCAUGACUUCCGGGUGUGGAACAGCCAGUUGAUCCGGUACGCAGGCUACAAGCAGCCUGAUGGAUCAAUCCUCGGAGAUCCAGCUUCAGUGGAGCUUACAGAGAUCUGUAUUCAGCAAGGAUGGAAAGCACCAAAAAGCCGUUUUGACGUUUUGCCCCUUCUUCUUCAAGCCAAUGGGAACGAUCCAGAGCUUUUUGAGAUCCCUGGUGAUCUUGUACUUGAGGUUCCCAUCAUACAUCCGAAGUUCGGAUGGUUUAAGGAGCUGAAUCUAAAGUGGUACGGCCUUCCUGCGGUGUCUAGCAUGCUGUUAGAGAUCGGAGGACUGGAAUUCACCGCCUGCCCCUUCAGCGGCUGGUACAUGGGCACCGAGAUCGGUGUCAGAGACUUCUGCGACAGCUCUCGAUACAACAUACUUGAGGAAGUAGCUACAAUGAUGGGGCUGGACACGAGGAAGACUUCAUCCCUGUGGAAGGACCAGGCACUGGUGGAGAUAAACAUCGCAGUCCUGUAUAGUUUCCAGAUGUCAAAGGUAACCAUAGUAGACCAUCAUUCAGCCACCGAGUCCUUCAUGAAGCACAUGGAGAAUGAGUACAGAGUGAGGGGAGGCUGCCCGGGUGACUGGGUUUGGAUAGUGCCACCCAUGUCAAGCAGCAUUACACCUGUUUUCCAUCAGGAAAUGCUCAACUAUCGCCUCACACCUUCUUUUGAGUACCAGCCUGACCCGUGGAACACUCACGUGUGGAAAGGGGUGAAUGGGACGCCCACAAAGAAAAGAGCGAUUGGAUUUAAGAAACUUGCCAAGGCUGUGAAAUUCUCCGCCAAACUCAUGGGUCAGGCCAUGGCCAAGAGGGUCAAAGCAACCAUCUUGUUCGCCACAGAAACUGGGAAAUCACAGGACUAUGCAAAAACACUCUGUGAGAUUUUCAAGCAUGCAUUUGAUGCCAAGGUGAUGUCCAUGGAUGAAUAUGACACGGUCGACUUGGAACACGAGACCCUUGUAUUAGCGGUGACAAGUACGUUUGGCAAUGGGGACCCUCCUGAAAAUGGAGAGAAAUUUGGUGCGGCGCUGAUGGAGAUGAGACAUCCCACCACCAGCGUUGAGGACAGAAAGACGUACAAGGUGCGUUUUAACAGCGUCUCUUCAUAUUCUGAUACCCGCAAAUCCUCCAGUGAUGAACCUGAAUCCAAAGCCAACUUUGAGAGCACUGGACCACUUGCUAACGUGAGAUUCUCUGUGUUUGGCCUUGGCUCUCGGGCAUACCCACACUUCUGUGCGUUUGCCCACGCGGUGGACACGCUGUUCGAAGAGCUUGGUGGGGAGCGAAUCCUGCGCAUGGGAGAGGGAGAUGAACUCUGCGGCCAAGAGGAAUCUUUCAGAACAUGGGCCAAGAAGGUCUUUAAGGCUGCAUGUGACGUUUUCUGUGUUGGCGACGAUGUUAGUAUUGAGAAAGCGAACAAUUCCUUGAUUAGCAACGAUCGUAGCUGGAAGAAAAGCAAGUUCCGGAUGACAUACACAGCGGAGGCACCAACACUAACGCAAGCACUUUACAGCGUCCAUAAGAGGAAAGUUUACGGGGCCAAAUUUCUGAUGAGACAGAACCUACAAAGUCGCAGAUCGAUCCGAUCCACUAUAUUUGUGCGCCUUGAUGCCAACAACCACGAGAGCCUGAAAUACUUGCCUGGCGACCAUUUAGGCGUCUUCCCUGGCAACAACGAAGUUCUAGUUACGACUCUUAUCGAGAAACUGGAGGAUGCACCACCUAUCAAUCAAAUUGUGAAAGUCGAGUUCUUGGAUGAACGAAACACAGCAUUGGGUGUGAUUAGUAACUGGACGGAUGAGUGUCGUAUUCCUCCCUGUACCAUCUAUCAGGCUUUCAAAUACUUCCUGGAUAUAACCACCCCUCCGACUCCCCUGCUACUGCAACAGUUUGCUCCUCUAGCCACUAAUGAGAAACAGAGAAAUAGACUAGAGGUGCUCAGCAAGGGUUUGCAGGAGUAUGAGGAGUGGAAGUGGUAUAAUAAUCCCAGCAUUGUGGAGGUGUUGGAGGAGUUCCCAUCCCUCCAGAUCCCCUCCACCCUUCUCUUGACCCAGCUACCCCUCAUACAGGCACGAUACUACUCCAUCAGCUCCUCUCCAGACCUCCAUCCAGGAGAGAUACACCUCACUGUGGCAGUGGUGUCCUAUCGGCCCAGAGAUGGAGAAGGUCCCAUACAUCAUGGAGUGUGUUCCUCCUGGCUCAAUAGCUUGGAAGAAGGCGAUACAGUGCCGUGCUUUGUCAGAGGGGCUCCAACGUUCCGAAUGCCAAAAGACAGCCAGGUUCCAUGUAUUCUGAUUGGUCCAGGCACUGGAAUUGCUCCAUUCAGAAGCUUCUGGCAACAGAGACUGUAUGAUAUUGAAAACAAGGGAAUUAAGGUAUGCCCCAUGAUCUUGGUUUUCGGCUGUCGGCAGUCACAGAUUGACCACAUUUACAAGGAAGAGACCAUCCAGGCCAAGAACAAGGAAGUGUUUAAAGAGCUUUACACGGCAUACUCCAGAGAGCCUGGGAAACCAAAGAAAUACGUCCAGGAUGUGCUUCGCGAGCAGCUGUCUGAAACGGUGUACAAGUAUCUGAGAGAAGAAGGUGGACACAUCUACGUCUGUGGAGAUGUCACCAUGGCUGGAGACGUACUGAAAACAGUCCAGCAGAUCUUUAAACUGCAUGGAAACAUGUCUCUGGAAGAUGCUGGCUUCUAUAUCAGUAAACUAAGGGAUGAGCAUCGAUACCACGAGGACAUUUUCGGUGUUACCCUGCGCACUUACGAGGUCACCAACCGUCUAAGGUCGGAGUCUAUUGCAUUCAUCGAAGAGAGCAAGAAAGACACAGAUGAGGUGUUUUGCUCAUAGUUGCAUUUUCCGCCCAUAUCGCUGGUUUUUGUUCAUGCUCCAAUCAGCCAACCAGAAGCAUGAUGGGACACCAACCGUGAUUCACGAAAACUGUGCCAAGUUUGUCUGUUGAAAAUUCUUCUUUUCUUUUUUUUAAAUGGAACAUUUAAUUUUCUUUGCUAGGUCUUGUUUGAUGUGCUAUGUGCUAUGAUCAAAAUCUGCAUUAAUACAAGUACCUUUCACUUGAAUUUCUGAAUGCACUUUUUUUAUGUGUCUUAAUGCUUUGUCCUGAAUAAUGGACUGCGUGCACUUAGACAUGGCCUGCCUUUUUUUCUUUUUUUUUUUUUUUUUUACAUGUAAGCAAGAUAAGUGGCUUUCCACAUGUGCAAACAUGCAUAAAUAUUGACUUUACUUUUGAGAGGUGAGAGGUUUUUGGUUAGGUUAGCGAGUCUCGGGGGUUAUUGUGCACAUUUUGGUGAAAGACCAAGUCUCUAUCCAUGCUAAAAAGAGAGGAUCUGCUAGUAUUUACAAAAAGUGAGUCUCCUUAAAAGAACCAAACAUGGACUAGUUCACACUGUCCUUGGCCUUAAAAGUGGGUACAGUAGGUUAUAAUAUUGAAUAUAAAAUGUAAAAAAAAAGAGGAAGUAACAAAAUACCCAGAAACAAGCUAUCUUAAAAACACUAUGGUACAGUUUUUUUUUUUUUUUACAUGUGUGAAGAAUUAGUGGGCGACUGAGAAUUGAUAUGUCAGUAUUUCCAAGUUAGACCUGUACAAAACCAUGCUCUGUAUAUUAUCACUUCUAGAAUGAAACACACACCGCUAAUUGAUUGCACACUGGUUACCAUGCAUCUGAACGUGCUGAAGAGUCAUAAGAUAUGGUUAGAUAUCCCCCCCGAGGCUAGCCGUAAGCAUCUGUCUUGUUAACAACUAGCCCUCAAUAUAGAAUGAAUUAUAAUGGAAUUUAAGUAAAAUAAUUAUUCUUUCGGUUAUUAUUAUUUUCUGAUACACCAUUUAAAAAUACACACAACUAGAUAAAGUGGCUCUACUAUUGAUCAAACUAUGAUGAGACCACCUUUCAAUAUGCAUUUAUCUCAAGCUAACCAUAAGAAAAGGCUUUUCAGGAGACUGAAAAAUCUGUCUAGGCUGGUUCUUUUAUGAAACAUCCUUGAAAAGCUGAUGAAAAUGAAAGAGGUGAUGGACCUGCUUUGCUUUAUUAUACUUCCACUAUAUCCCUUCUUCCCUGUUUCUCUGAGACAUGGCUGUGAUGACCCUACUCUUUGACUUCAAACUGAGACCUGGAUCUCUUCUUUAAAAUGAAAAAGUCUGUUGUAGUUGUUGUUUCAUAUUAAAGGGUAAACAUUUGCAACAAAAAGCAAAAAAUCAAUGCGGCGAAUAGUUCAUUUUUGCAUGCAAUGCCUCUUUGAUGGCUUUGAAAGGACAGUUUUCUGGCGAUGAAUCCUUUAAUAAAAGUCACUGUUUUGCUUUCAGAAAACGGUUAAGUUAGAUCCUAGCUUGCUUCUGAUUUGUUUUGUAAACUUUUGAGUUAUGAGUGGCCUCUGGCAUGAAAAAUAUUACAUGAGGUAAUUUGAUUUUGAGGGGCUUUGCUUUUUGUUGUCUUUCUGUAGGAGAAUAUUCUUGUUCUAUGUACACUGUUAACACUGAAUGUUUCCCUCCCUGCAGUUGAGUUUCGCACCGUAUAAACUCUGUGAUUUACAAAAAGUUGGGCAAAAAAGAAACACAUGCAUAUAUUAAAAUCAGUAAAUAUCUAAAUAUAUAUGUAUGAGAAUUUUUUAAGAAUGUAUUUUGAUUAUGGGUGUUGAUUUGGUUUUGUCCCUCUGAGUUGCUUGUAAUAUUACGUGAAUAUGAUGUCUUAUUAGUUCGGGGGAACUCUAAGCAUUAUUCUGAAUGCAUGAUGUUACCGUCCUGUUUUUCUCUUAUCCUGCACCGUGUCUGUUUAACUGUUGUGAUUGCGUCCUUCCUCUGUGACUGGACAGAGAAGAAGCUUACGGGGUUUUCUUUUCUCUUUUUGUGUUUGUUCUUUGCUGCUGCUAAGAGAAACCGUUCCAAUCAAUUUCCGCUGUGAAUCUUCUAUUGUGGAACUUCGCACAUUGAAACAUUUGCCAUUUUAAUGCAUAUACUGCAAGAACUUUGCAUCUACUUAAUAAUAAAAACAUUUGUAUGUCAAGA